AGGCAGUGGGGCUUCCGGGAGGAGAGAGACCCCAUCUCUGCCCACAAGAGAGGAACACCAUCCUGUGGGAUCUCAGAAGUGAGUCACUGCUUCCAGCCCACAUUCAAGGAGAGGGAAAUUUAAGGAGGUGCCCCCCAAAUUUUGGACAUCUGGGGAAACCACCGCAAUGAACCAGGUCUCUCCCUUCCAACUCUGGCUCCAGCACACACAGCUUGUGACCUCAGCCAACCUCCCGAGUGAUUUUCUAGGCCUCAGUUUCCUUCUUUGUCAAAAAGGCCUAUUCUGAGCCAGGCUCUGGGCCAAGUGCUGAGAAUCGAAGAUGAACAAGUCCUUCCGGAGACGUGCCCAUAAAUUACUUUAAUAACAACUCAGUACAUGCUUCCACCGACAAGUAAGUGGGAGCCGGUGCGGGAGCCAGUGGUCAUGGGGAACAGCAAGUUAACUUUCCGUGGGAUCCUGUGCAGGCAUCCGGCCCGCAGUCAUGGCCGACCACCUGAUGCUCGCCGAGGGCUACCGCCUGGUGCAGAGGCCGCCGCCCGCCGCACCCUCCCACGGCCCCCACGCGCUCCGGACGCUGCAGCCGUACGCGGGCCCGGGCCUGGACAGCGGCUUGCGGCCGCGGGGGACACCGCUGGGCCCGCCGCCGCCCCCACCCGGCGCCCUGGCGUACGGGCCCUUCGGGCCGCCGCCCGCCUUCCAGCCCUUUCCGGCCGUGCCACCGCCGGCCGCAGGCGGCGCGCACUUGCAGCCGGUGGCGACGCUGUACCCGGGCCGCGCGACCGCGCCCCCCGGCGUCCCGGGAGGGCCCCAGUGCCUGCAGCCGGCGCCUGGCGCCCCGGCCCCACCGCCGCCCGCGCACGCCCUGGGCUGCAUGGACGCCGAACUCAUCGACGAGGAAGCGCUGACGUCGCUGGAGCUGGAGCUCGGGCUGCACCGCGUGCGCGAGCUGCCCGAGCUCUUCCUGGGCCAGAGCGAGUUCGACUGCUUCUCGGACUUGGGGUCGGCGCCGCCCGCCGGCUCGGUGAGCUGCUGAGUGCGGCCGGGCGCCUGCCUGGCGCGCCGGAGAGGAGAAGGGGAUCUGACUGCCCGCCUGAGUCCGCACCCUGCGCCUGGGCCCCGCGCGCACCCUCCGUGAGGGUGGAGGCGGCGGGUCAGUGCACAGAGCUUGACGCCGCGCUGGGACGCCUGGCCUCACUCCAGGCCCUGCCUCUUGCAGGCUGACAGAGUAGCUCCACCUCUCCGACCCGGAGCCUUGGCGGUAAAAGUGAAGGGGACAGGACCCCCUUUCGGACUCCUGGUUCUUGGAUUCUCUGUCCUCUCGGAAUCUCCCUUACCCCACCCCCCAAUCUGAGCCAUUCCAGGCUGCUGCCUGACACCCCUUCUCUCCUUGUGCAACCCUCUGCGGUCACUGGGUCCCUGGAGCCGCCCAUCCACCGGGCCUCCACCCCGCUGCCUGGGCCCCUAAGGUCGCUUGCCCCCCCCGCCCCCCACCUUGGGGAGGAGAAGAUUGUGCAGCCCUGACCCCUGCACAAUGGAGCAGUGCCCCACCUGGCCUCCAAAACCAAAAUAAAACUGGGUCACUUUACA